AUGCCAGCUAAAAAGCCCUGCUCAUCAGCUGGCCCCAACCUUCUUCCUACAACCCACCUGAAAGGCACGCUUCAAUCACCCAUCACGCUUCCGCUUCAAGGUCAGCCAAAGCCUGUCUAUAAGAGACCGCGCCGCAAACUCACCACUGCACCGUCACGAUGCCUGUCCGAAGAAGCCUGCAGCCACCCGAUAAGGCCUUUUAUACUAAAAUGCCUGACCUAAUCCCUUAUUUUAUAGCAGCUCUUAAAGACUAUAAAUAUAAGGAUAAGCUCUAUAUUAUAAUAAUAGAGAUUAGAAAGAUUUAAGAUAAAGAAGAUAAUAUUACCUUUAUUAAGUAAGCUAUUUUAAGCUAUAAGGUCCUCUUACUUAUAUAUUAUUAUUAUAAAAAGCUAAUAAUCUUUAAAGGCUACCUUAAGGAAGAGAUUAAGUUAUUAUAAAAGCUAGAGUAAUCCCUUAUAAUAAGAAGGCUUAUAGAGGUAAAUAAUAAGGAAUUUAUUAAAGACCUUAAAUUAAGGACUAUUAAGAACUUAUAUAGAUAUUAGCUUAAUAAUAUAAAGAAAUAGUUAAUAGAACUAAUAAAGGCUAUAAAGCUAAUUAAUAGCUAGUAAAGACUAGGCUAGUUAUAGUCUUAAAUUAUAAGAAUAUAAUUAAGAUAAGG